AUGAGGAGGGAGGACACUUGGUGUCGAAUGAGGUUCUUCGUUUCGUCUGUCGCUCCCUUCUGGCCGAAGAUUGAUCCCACUGCUGCGAGCAUGUUGGCAGGUUUAGCACCGGCUGUGAUGAAUGAGGCCUCAUGCCGUAAAGAACAUCUCAACGCCGUCUUCCCGGACAUUCAAUUUACGAUGGAGGAGGAGGAAAACAAUCAGCUGGCCUUCCUGGAUGUCCUCGUCUACCGCAAGGCUUGUGGUGUCCUAAAAAACCAAAGUGUUCAGGAAAACGACAAGUACGACGCAAAUACUGAACUGCAAUAG